AUGCCGAUUGCAAGUGCUUGGCCUGCACAGGUGGAACAAAGAGCAGGGCUAAAAAUUCGUACGCUGGAGGACCAGCAGGGGCUUUGGGAACAGAUUGCGCAGCAACAGAAGCUGCAGAAACAUUUGGCUUUGCGGCACACAAUGGUUGCGAAGCGCAACGUCGAUGGACUUCCGGAACUGCCGCUUGCGCGCUUCUCCAUAUCCAAUGGCACCACCUGUGUCAUCAGUGGUGGUGUGGGCCCCAGCGGCGCAGCGGUGCUGCACUUUCUGUAUGGCAACUUGCAGGCACCUGAUCACUACCACCUUGGACUUCCAGAGUUCUGGUUGCUCCUUGCCUUUGUUUGGCUCGCUGCCUACUUUGUGGCAAGGUUCAACGCCAGCCUGGUGUUUCUGCUUCAGGUUGCAGGCCGAGUCGUCGAGUUGACGUGGCUUUACAGUCCCCUGGUCCCACUUCUUCUGCUGGCCAAAGUUGCGGACUCUUUGGGGCUGCCAGUUUGCGCAGCCCGUCAAAAGCGCUUGGAGAUCACUUGGGUUGAUCGCUGGUGGGAAGUGACCCUUCGAAAGGUCCAACGGAGCGGACCAGUCUUUGUAAAGCUGGGCCAGUGGGCUGCGACAAGACCGGACCUGAUUCCAGAGGACAUUUGCCAUAACCUUGGCCGGCUUCAUGAUGCGACUGAGCCGCAUACAUUGGAGCACACUCACAAGGUUCUGCGUGAAGCGUUUCGAGAGCCGUGGUUUAGAACUUUCUUGAUUGAGCCUGAAUCCAUAGGAUCAGGGUGCAUAGCCCAGGUGUAUCGUGGUCGAAUGUUCAUACCAAGCUCGACAUCAUCCACUGCAAAGCCAACAGCCACUACAGGACUUGUCAAGCUUGGCACUCGACUGCAACGGCUCUGUGAAGGUUUCUGUUCUGGAUCGACAACCACUCAGUGUAUCCAGGUCGCUGUCAAAGUGGUGCAUCCACAGGUGCGGCGAGCUGUUCAGGUGGACUUGAAGGUGCUCGAUCACCUUGCCGGAUUUUCCUCCUUUGUGGGUAUGGACAGGUUGGGCUUGCCGCUAAUGCUUCAGCAGUUUUCGGCCUUCUUAAAGGCCCAGACCGACCUCAGGACAGAGGCACAAAACCUGCGCAGGUUGAAACAGCAGUUCUGCAGCAGGGACAACAGCAUCGUCAUCCCUGAGGUGUUUGACCAGUGGGUCUCUCGGGACGUUCUCGUCAUGAGCUUCGAGGAAGGCGAGCCUCUGAACACUUUGCUUGAGGAUCCCAAGGGCAUGGAGGUUGAGAGGCUAGAAGCUUGGCGAAUCUUGGUGGACAGCUUUUGGGCAAUGGUCUUCAGACACAGAUUUGUCCAUGGAGAUUUGCAUCCAGGAAACAUUUUGUGGCGCCAGCCACCUGAUGGUUCACCGGUGCAGCUGGUCCUGUUGGAUUGCGGUCUCGUCAUAGAUUUAAGUGGUGAUGCAGGAGAGGACCUAUCAAUGAUGGUGAAGGCUUUCCUGACCAAGUCUGAGGAAGAAGUCGCGAGUCUUUUGAUUAAGCUUAGUGAAAGGGUAGGCGGCAGCGCAGAGGAUGUCCUUGAUCCUGAAGGAUUUGUGAAGGGCAUUGCCGACUUGAUCCGAUCUGGAAAAAGUGUGGGAUUCAGGCUUUCCAAGCUCAACGCUGGCUCGCUUAUGGGCCAAAGCUUGUUGUUAGGCCGCAAACACGGAGUACGCUUCGAUGCUCGAUUUGUCAACCUGAUGGUGGCAAUGGUUGUUGUACAGGGAGUGGCACUGCGUUUGAACGGCGACGGGGACAUUAUGACAAGGUUUGUUCCACCCGAAUUGGAACUUCGUGAGAUAGCCGAACGGGGGCUCGCUGGUCAUGAGCCCGCGAGCCCCCACUUUCCGAAGAAACACGCAGAGGCACACCAUGUCUCUGCGUCGACGCCUAUUUCACAGGCGAGCACAGCUCCGACAACUCCGAAUAUGCAGUUCCGUCUUCCCAGCCUUCACCUUGAAGGACAUGACUUCGACGAAGACCACUUUCCACUUCUGACAAGGCAAUUGUCCAUCCCUGAGGAGCCAGAAGAUGGUGUGGGUUUUGAAAGCGCGGAACAUUUGGAGGAUGCCCUACGCAACGUCCAAGAGGUCUAUGAGCGCAAGUAUGGCCGCAUUGAGGAACGUGAAGCCACUGUCACCAACGAUGCAGGUGCCAACAACUUGCAGGACGGUGUUUCCCAGUGGCUGACCACCGUCAAGGCUCGAAGCUCAAAGCCCACAAUGGACGAGAAGCUCGACAAACUGGAGCAGAAGCUGGCAGAAGUGAAGCAGCUCUACAAGCAGAAGUAUGGCGAGGAAGUCGACCAUGAAGACACUGAUGUUCAGUAUGAUGCUGAUGGCACUCCCUGGAUCCAGAUCUCUGGGACUGGUGUUGCAACAGACCUUCGCGUCGAGCGAUUGGAGCAAUUGCUGUCAAUCGUCAAAGACCUCUACUCUGAGAAGUACGGUCGCGAUGUCGAUACAGAGUAUGAUGCAGAUGGCACUCCUUGGAAAGUGACGGAAGGCACUGGUGUCCCUCGUGACUGCCGGGUUGAGCGCUUGGAGCAGAAGCUUUCAGAAGUAAAGCAGCUUUACAAGCAGAAGUAUGGCGAAGAAGUUGACCAAGAAGACACUGAUGUUCAGUAUGAUGCUGACGGCACUCCCUGGAUCCAGAUCUCUGGGACUGGUGUUGCAACAGACCUUCGCGUCGAGCGAUUGGAGCAAUUGCUGUCAACGGUCAAAGACCUUUACUCUGAGAAGUAUGGUCGCGAUGUCGACACAGAGUAUGAUGCAGAUGGCACUCCUUGGAAAGUGACGGAAGGCACUGGUGUCCCUCGUGACUGCCGGGUUGAGCGCUUGGAGCAGAAGCUUUCAGAAGUAAAGCAGCUUUACAAGCAGAAGUAUGGCGAAGAAGUUGACCAAGAAGACACUGAUGUUCAGUAUGAUGCUGACGGCACUCCCUGGAUCCAGAUCUCUGGGACUGGUGUUGCAACAGACCUUCGCGUCGAGCGAUUGGAGCAAUUGCUGUCAACGGUCAAAGACCUUUACUCUGAGAAGUAUGGUCGCGAUGUCGACACAGAGUAUGAUGCAGAUGGCACCCCUUGGAAAGUGACGGAAGGCACUGGUGUCCCUCGUGACUGCCGGGUUGAGCGCUUGGAGCAGAAGCUGGCAGAAGUGAAGCAGCUUUACAAGCAGAAGUAUGGCGAAGAAGUUGACCAAGAAGACACUGAUGUUCAGUAUGAUGCUGAUGGCACUCCCUGGAUCCAGAUCUCUGGGACUGGUGUUGCAACAGACCUUCGCGUCGAGCGAUUGGAGCAAUUGCUGUCAACGGUCAAAGACCUCUACUCUGAGAAGUACGGUCGCGAUGUCGAUACAGAGUAUGAUGCAGAUGGCACUCCUUGGAAAGUGACGGAAGGCACUGGUGUCCCUCGUGACUGCCGGGUUGAGCGCUUGGAGCAGAAGCUGGCAGAAGUAAAGCAGCUUUACAAGCAGAAGUAUGGCGAGGAAGUCGACGAGCAGGUCUGGGUGGGGUCUGUCCCGGUGCCUCAGUGGUGUCUCGGUGAUAUUUUGGUGGUGUCUCGGUUUGUCUCCGUGGAAGACUCUGAUGUUCAGUAUGAUGCUGACGGCACUCCCUGGAUCCAGAUCUCCGGGACUGGUGUUGCAACAGACCUUCGCGUCGAGCGAUUGGAGCAAUUGCUGUCAACGGUCAAAGACCUCUACUCUGAGAAGUACGGCCGCGAUGUCGAUACAGAGUACGAUGCAGAUGGCACUCCUUGGAAAGUGACGGAAGGCACUGGCGUCCCUCGUGACUGCCGGGUUGAGCGCUUGGAGCAGAAGCUGGCAGAAGUGAAGCAACUUUACAAGCAGAAGUAUGGCGAGGAAGUCGACCAGGAAGACACUGAUGUUCAGUAUGAUGCUGACGGCACUCCCUGGAUCCAGAUCUCUGGGACUGGUGUUGCAACAGACCUUCGCGUCGAGCGAUUGGAGCAAUUGCUGUCAACGGUCAAAGACCUCUACUCUGAGAAGUACGGCCGCGAUGUCGAUACAGAGUACGAUGCAGAUGGCACUCCUUGGAAAGUGACGGAAGGCACUGGCGUCCCUCGUGACUGCCGGGUUGAGCGCUUGGAGCAGAAGCUGGCAGAAGUGAAGCAACUCUACAAGCAGAAGUAUGGCGAGGAAGUCGACCAGGAAGACACUGAUGUUCAGUAUGAUGCUGACGGCACUCCCUGGAUCCAGAUCUCUGGGACUGGUGUUGCAACAGACCUUCGCGUCGAGCGAUUGGAGCAAUUGCUGUCAACGGUCAAAGACCUCUACUCUGAGAAGUACGGUCGCGAUGUCGAUACAGAGUAUAAUGCAGAUGGCACUCCUUGGAAAGUGACGGAAGGCACUGGCGUCCCUCGUGACUGCCGGGUUGAGCGCUUGGAGCAGAAGCUUUCAGAAGUAAAGCAGCUCUACAAGCAGAAGUAUGGCGAGGAAGUCGACCAGGAAGACACUGAUGUUCAGUAUGAUGCUGAAGGCACUCCUUGGAAAGUGACAGAAGGCACUGGUGUCCCUCGUGACUGCCGGGUUGAGCGCUUGGAGCAGAAGCUGGCAGAAGUAAAACAGCUCUACAAGCAGAAGUAUGGCGAGGAAGUCGACCAGGAAGACCCUGAUGUUCAGUAUGAUGCUGAAGGCACUCCUUGGAAAGUGACAGAAGGCACUGGCGUCUCUCGUGACUGCCGGGUUGAGCGCUUGGAGCAGAAGCUGGCAGAAGUAAAACAGCUCUACAAGCAGAAGUAUGGCGAGGAAGUCGACCAGGAAGACACUGAUGUUCAGUAUGAUGCUGAAGGCACUCCUUGGAAAGUGACAGAAGGCACUGGCGUCCCUCGUGACUGCCGGGUUGAGCGCUUGGAGCAGAAGCUGGCAGAAGUAAAACAGCUCUACAAGCAGAAGUAUGGCGAGGAAGUCGACCAGGAAGACCCUGAUGUUCAGUAUGAUGCUGAAGGCACUCCUUGGAAAGUGACAGAAGGCACUGGCGUCUCUCGUGACUGCCGGGUUGAGCGCUUGGAGCAGAAGCUGGCAGAAGUAAAACAGCUCUACAAGCAGAAGUAUGGCGAGGAAGUCGACCAGGAAGACACUGAUGUUCAGUAUGAUGCUGAAGGCACUCCUUGGAAAGUGACAGAAGGCACUGGCGUCCCUCGUGACUGCCGGGUUGAGCGCUUGGAGCAGAAGCUGGCAGAAGUAAAACAGCUCUACAAGCAGAAGUAUGGCGAGGAAGUCGACCAGGAAGACACUGAUGUUCAGUAUGAUGCUGAAGGCACUCCUUGGAAAGUGACAGAAGGCACUGGCGUCCCUCGUGACUGCCGGGUUGAGCGCUUGGAGCAGAAGCUGGCAGAAGUGAAGCAGCUCUACAAGCAGAAUUAUGGCAAGGAGGUUGAUGAGAACGACGAGAUGUUUUCUGGCGACUUUACGUACGACUCCGAUGGGACUCUGUGGAUCAAGUCCACUACCACAGGUCCGCUGCAUUCACUUCCGUCAGAACAUGCCCUCGGAGAGAUGCUGGAAGAGGCUUGGGGCCUUGGGGCGGGAGCUGGGUAUCCUGAAGCGUUUGAAGUAAAGGACCUCUACCAGAAACGUGCGGGUCCUGGGUCCCAUGAUUUGUUUUGA